AUGCAGAGUCAACAGCUUUCUUCCCGCUACUACGACACGAAGCCUCUCCCUCUCCCCAACGCUGUACAUCGAAGGACACAUUCCGCUGCAAAUAUCUCGAGAGCGGCAUCGAGGAACUCACCGCUGCAGCAAGAAUGGGUGGAAGACUAUUACACCGAUGCUCAUGCUGAACGAAACACCACCACCCUCUCAUUCGAACCACAUGCGUCUCUAUCCGCUACCCAUAUCGUCGCAGAAGAACCUUCGAAUUCGCCGCGGCAAUCUCGGGGGCAUCAGCGGGCACUCUCAGAAUACUUGCCUUUCCGAACUUCCUCUCCAAUAUCAAGGUCCGCUGAACAUAGCCUAGUGGAGGAGGGCCUCGGAGACACUCUAAUGCCUACGCUCACCGGCGAUCGAGAAUUGCUGGUCAAGGCCAAGGUCGCAGAUAGAUCAGUAGGAGGUCUGGCAUCCUGGUUUUCUGGCUCUUCAGCAGCGCUGCCCCUCGGCGUGCCAGUCGGAGAAAAGGAACUCCCAGCUCCUCCAUCAAUGUCUUCCUCUCGAUCUACCUCGCCCGAACGGCCGCCUGCCAAGCUGACAAAACGACCUGCUUUACCAACACUCGAGUCGCCAGGCAGUAAACCGCAAACGUCGAUGUUCAAUUUCUUCGCACCAAAAACACCAGUAAAACCCACCAACACUGUACGAAUACCCGCCGACAUGAACUCAGACGAGUACCUUACCCUCGAUAUAAACAGCGCCUUGUUCCCCCAAGGGCAACCUCCAGACCCUUUCUCGCCAUCCGCCUUCAAAAACCUCCUCAUGAACGCCGAAGGACUCCUCCUAAAUCUCCAACAAGCAUACAAACUCCGCACGCUGUCCCUCCACGAACUCACGGCCGAGAAAUCCGCCAUCGAAGAAGAACUAGAAGAAUCCUCCACUCGAGCACAAUGCCUGCGAACACAAUUAGAAGAUAUGGCCGCCAAGGUUUCAGCGCAAGACGCGACCAUUGCAGAGCUGGCGACUCAACUUGAUAUAGAGCGGCACGCGAGGGCGGAAGAAAAGGAAGCGAGGGACAAAUCCACAGCGUUGGUUAAAGGGAAUGCUCUGGAAGCCAGAGCACGGCGCGAGACCGAAGGCGCGGAAAUCCCCGAAGAAGACCUAGGUAUAGCAACCGCCGCGUCGCCAGGCGCGGGGAGAGAGCGCAAAAAAUGGCGUGGGUCCGCAGAUCUCAGCGCAGAGGCAGAUUCAGAUGCCGAAUCGGGGGGGGCAGAGUCUGUGUUUUCCCGCUCCCGAUCCCCAACCUUGACGUUGAAUUCGAUUUCCACUACGAGGGAUACCACACUCGAAAUCCACCAAGCUACCUUCGCCAGAUUAGUUCCAAAUGCCAAUACACCAUCCCAGAGACCGAGAGUGGCACCUCAGCAGAAAAGUACAUUUCAGAAGAUUAUGCAGGGGAUUAGUCCUACGUCCCCUGAAGUGAAAGAUCAGUUCGGAGGAAUCGGCUUGGGAAGUGAAGGGUGUGGGAAUUGUAGGGGCAAAGAUGCGAGUGUGGCGUGGGAUACGGUGGGAUUGCUGAGGGCGGAGAAUAAAGGAUUGAAGGAGAGGGUGGGGGUUCUGGAUGCGAGUGUUGACGGCGCGCUGGCGCUGUGUUAUGGGUAUGGGGGGAGAUGA